AUGCCACAUUAUCAAUUUGGUACAAAAAAAGCCUGGCCCAGUAUUGAUAACAAUCGUUCAACAACCCUUCCAGUUGAAAGUAGAUUCAACUACACCACCACAGAAAUCUCACCAAGUGGUUCUAUCUUAAUAUCUGUAAAUGAAGCUGGUGAAGCACAUCUUAUUAGUUUAAUCAGUCGAACUGUUAUACACAGGCAUCAUUUCAAACAUUCAGUUAGUUGUGUGAAGUUUAGCCCAAAUGGCAAACACUUUGCUGUUUCCAAAGAAAAUAAAGUAUUUAUUUACAGAUCACCAGAUAACCUAGCUGGUCUCAUUAAUCCGUUUAUAAUGGAAAGAGUUUUUCAUGAUGCAACUGAUGAUGUGACAUGCAUUGAGUGGGCUUCUGAUUCCAGGAUUCUGGCUGUUGGUUCAAAGGACAUGUCAACAAAAUUGUACAGUCUACAAAAAUUGGCAAAUUUUCAAUCAUACUCGCUGGGUAGCCACACAGAUCCCCUGGUGGGUUGCUUUUUUGAGGAUAAUUCUUUAGACCUAACUACAGUUAGUUCCAAUGGACAAGUCUGUGUUUGGGAAUGCAACAUUGGUAUAGACGACUUAGUGGCUCGAGAACCUCCAAAAAAAAAAUUGCGAGAAACUAAAGAUGAAAGUGGCUCUGAAGAUGACACACCAAGGAGAAAAGAAGAAAGCAGUUUGUCAAGUGAAACAAGAGCAUCACAGGACUUUGAGAAGCUGUUCUACACAAGACUAGGAAGGCAUUACCUCUGUGAUGAGUUUAAAGGGCAGCUCGGUGUCAGGCUUACUGCUGCUACUUACCACCGCAAGACUCGUCUUCUAGUUACAGGAUAUUCCACUGGUGCAUUUCUCCUGCACGAGCUUCCUGACGUCAACCUUAUACAUUCUUUAAGUAUAGAUACAGCAAUAUCAGCCCUCGCACUAAAUCGAGAGGGUGACUGGUUGGCAGUUGGCAGCCCAGGACUUGGACAGUUGCUAGUAUGGGAAUGGCAAAGUGAAACUUACAUUAUGAAACAACAAGGCCAUUUCAACAAUAUGCGGUGUCUCUCGUACUCCCCUGAUGGUCAGCACAUUGUGACUGGUGGAGAUGAUGGGAAGGUUAAAUUAUGGAAUACAAGUACGGGAUUUUGUUUUGUAACAUUUACUGAACACACUGCUGGCAUCUCUGCUGUCCAGUUCAGUCCUAACAGAAAAUUUGUGGUUUCUGCAUCUCUGGAUGGAACAGUUCGUGCAUUUGAUAUGGCCAGGUACCGCAACUUUAGGACAUUUACAUCUCCAAGACCAGUUCAGUUUUCAUGUUUGGCAAUUGAUUCUAGUGCGGAAUUUGUUGCAGCUGGAGGACAAGAUGUUUUUGAAAUCUUUUUAUGGUCAUUAAAAAUUGGAAGACUUGUAGAGGUAUUAAGUGGGCAUGAAGGACCAGUUUCAAGCAUUGCAUUCAACCCUAGCCCUGCUAGCACUGCAAUGGCAUCUGUGUCGUGGGACAAAACACUUAAGUUAUGGAAUGCUGUGGAAUCAGGCGGUAUGCAUGAAACUGUGCAGCUGUCUGCAGAUGGUUUAUGUGUAGCAUAUGCUCCCUCUGGCCAAGAGGUGGCUGUAGCAACACUUGAUGGUCAAGUUUCAUUCUUUAACAUUCGCACAUCACAGCAAACGGGCAGCAUUGAAGGCCGUAAUGACAUGGGCAGUGGUCGAUCGGAAACUGAUCUCAUUACAGCGAAAAAAAAUCUUCAGGGAAAAGCUUUCAAUAGCCUUUGCUACACUGCUGAUGGAAAAUGUAUAUUAGCAGGAGGACAGUCAAAAAACGUGUGCAUAUAUAGUGUCAAUGAAUCAAUGCUUAUAAAGAAAUUUGAAAUCACACAGAACCGCUCACUUGAUGCUGUGGAUGACUACAUCAACAGACGAAAGUUAACGGAGUUUGGGAACUUGUCACUGGUGGAGGAACGAGAACAGCUUGAAGGAGGAAAUGUCAGUGUAAAUUUGCCAGGGGUCAGACGAGGCGAAAUGGCUGCUCGUGCCACGAAACCAGAGGUUCGAGUGUCAUGUCUUCAGUUUUCUCCUACAGGUACCACAGUUUCAAUAACAGGGCAACAGCCUCACUGCUUUAACGAAAUAAAUGUGACUACUCACAAGAUAAUGAAGAAAGAAGCUGUUCAAGUCCUGGGCAUUCUUCCCACAUACGAGCAAUAUUUCAGCCGAAAUAUCAUGGCAAGAUAUAUGGAAAAUAUUUUAUUAGAUAAAUUAUACAUUAUUUGUAGAAAAUUAUUUGUUCUAGGAGUAAUACAUAAACUGAAGAAGUGA